AUGCCGAAGAAGAUGGGCGUCAACUCCAAGGCGGAGGCCGCCCGCGAGCGCCGCUCCGCCGAGGAGUCGGACCGCCGCCAGCGCGCCGAGCGCGCCAAGGAGGAGGAGUACUGGCGCGAGGCCGAGGGGUCCAAGUCCCGCGCCGCGCGCCGCCGCGAGGAGGAGGCCGAGAAGCGCGCCGAGGCCGCCGCCCGCAAGGCCGAGAACCGCCGCCUCGCCGAGGCCGAGGCCGCCGCCGUCGCCUCCGCCGUCUCCAAGACGGACGCCCGCAAGGCCAACCGCGUCGGCGCCCCGGCCCCCAAGGUCACCGAGGCCGAGCUCGUGCGCCGCCGCGAGGAGGAGCGCCUGCGCCUCGAGCGCGAGGCCGAGGCCGCCAAGAAGCGCGCCGCGCGCACCGCCGAGGAGGAGGAGUACGAGCGCGUCGUCCUCGUCGCCAACACCAACAGGGAUGACUCCGUCAUCGAGGCCUCCGGUGUCGACGAGGCCAUCGUGCGGCUGUCGCUUGUUGACACAGACGCGGCCUUGCCCGCUGACAGGCAUCCUGAGCGCCGCCUCAAGGCGUCAUUCAAGGCAUUUGAAGAGGCAGAGCUCCCUAGGCUGAAGGAAGAAAAGCCAGGCCUAACACUGAAACAGUACAAAGACAUGAUAUGGAAGCUAUGGAAGAAAUCCCCAGACAACCCUCUGAACAAGUCUAGAAAGAACUGCUGGUAA